AAAAUUUUCAUUUCUUGCAAUAUCAUGAAGUCAAAUUAAGCAUUUAAUUGUUCAAUUAAUAAAAAAUCACUUUCAUUAGGAACAUCAUUGUAAUUAACUAAUUUUAAUGUAUUUUGUUAAUAAAUUUUAAAUCAAAUUUUUAUUUUAAUAUUAUCAUGUUAAUCAACAUGUACAAUUGUCUUAACUCAAGACUACUAAUCGCUUUGGUCUUAAUUGUUGGCGUCUCUGGGGAUGAAAAUAAUUACGAUUCACUUAAUUGUAAUUUUGAUAAUGAUACUUGCGGUUGGAAGGAUCUUAAUCAUGUUUGGACAAUCGGAAGCUCAACUAGUUCUCAACACAAUUUAACCUGGACACCAAUUCAAGGUGAUCAUAACCAUGGACCUGGUGGUUACGCUUACCUUGAUCCAAUCAGAUUGUGGUCCUCAAAAUCACGAACAGGAUCAUUGAUUAGUCCAGAAUUGAAAGGGUCCGAAGCUUGUUUAACCUUCUGGUAUUAUAUGUUUGGCCUGGAACCCGGUGAAAUGACCGUUAUCCAGUCGAUAGGUGAAGAUAGUGACACAAUUGUUUGGAAACGUCAAAGUAAUUUUGGUCGCCAAUGGAUGAAGUCGAGUGUUAAUUUAGUUGCUGGCAACAACUUCGAACCUUGGACAGUUUCAUUCAUUGUUUCAUACGCUGAUGUGAAUCAUGAAAUAUUGACCAUUGACGAUACCAAAUUAUCGAGUGGACCUUGUUCAUCAUUCGAAAUGUGCGAUUUUGAAACUUCAAAUUGUCUUUUAACAAACGAAUCGUUUGGUGCUUCAUUUUGGUCAGUUGGUCCAGUUUAUAAACUUAAUCAUCCGUUAAUAGUGACUGAUCACUCGACUCAGACAGAAACGGGUCACAUCGCUUACAUUCGUGGUAUUGGGGCCAAAGAUGUGGCCAUUUUGCAGACAGAAACUUUCAACCACACUGGUCAUCGGUGUUUAAAGUUUUGGUACACAUCGACUUCCGACUCGUUUCAAAUGGAAAUUAACCAAGUUGAUCAGGAGCACAAUACAAAUUACCAAUUGUGGACUCGUAAUCGUAAUCACUUUGGUGAUUGGAGACAAGGUAUUGUCCAGUUGAAAGAAAUGGCCUCAAGUUCAUAUAAUAUUGACUUUAGAGUUGCUUUUACUAAACCUGAUGGAGGUUAUUAUGCACUCGACGAUUUAUCAAUUGAAACUGGCUCGUGUCCUGAUUCAGUUGAUUGUGAUUUCAGCUACAAUACUUGUCAAUGGGCUACAUCCAAUUCUAUGGAAACAUUUGAUUGGAUUCGUAUGAAUGGUCAAUUACUAGGAUCGGGUCUUGUUGGACCAGGAAAUGGUCAAGAUGAUAAAGAUGAUGAUGAUUUCUAUCUGUAUGCUUACUUUGAUCCAAGUUUAUCGAUAAAAUCAGCUAUUAUCGAUUCUGGUGAUUUUGACAUUACCCAACAAGAUCAUUAUUGUUUAAAAUUCAAUCUGUGGACAGUUAAUCGGGUUAAAUUGGAAUUAAUCGUUGAAAUGUUACAAAACGAAAAUGAAUUGAAACCAGUGUUUACAUUGAAAGAUGAGGAUUUCCCUGAAUCAUCAUGGCAGCAGGUUAGCACCCUGAUUUACGUGAAUCAUUCAGAUUCAAUGAACGAUUUCCAGUUUUUGCGACUUCGAGCUGUCUAUGUAUCAGAGGAUGAAGAACUUGGACCCGACGGUAAACCGAAACCUCAUCCAUUUGCUGCCAUUGCGAUUGACGAUAUUACAUUUACUGAAGGACUUUGUCAAGGACAAGAACCAACACAAAACCCACCGACAACCACAUUACCUCCACCGAUCACCGAUGAGAUUAAUUGUGAUUUUGAAACUAAUACGUGUGGAUUAUUCAAUGAUCCACUUAAAUCGACCUCUUCUUGGUAUCGAAGAACAUCCGUUCGAACUAAAACUGACGUAACAAAUGUUCCAGCCACUGACCACACUUAUAAUCAACCCAAUGGUCAUUUCUUAUUUUCUCGGUUCCAAAGUAAAGGUGAAAAGAAAAUCAGUGAAUUAUCAACGAAAACAAUUAAGGCUAUUGAUUCAACCAAAGGAGAUUGUCUAUCAUUCUGGUACUACAUUAGAGGAACCAAAUCAACCUCAUUGUCCAUCUCAAUGGUCAGAUCAUCAGAUUCAGUUGAAAAAAUUAUUUGGAAACGGACUAAUAUCUAUGCCGACUAUUGGUACCAGGGAUAUGUUAACAUAGAACCAGUCGAUUAUGACUUCACCUUGGAAAUCAUCGCCGAUCACUCAACUGAUACCGAUUCUGGAAUGGCUUUGGAUGACAUUAUUUACUCAAGUGGCCAUUGUCCAGCUAGUACAGCAAGUGAAAAUUGCGACUUUGAACUAGGUUCAUGUGGCUAUGAUAAUGGUGACGUUUUCAACGAAGUCUGGAAACUUGCCAAUGGAUUUGAUAACAAAUCAAUCACAACCGAUCACACAACUCAAACUGAAUCAGGAUCUUUCUUAAUUGCUCAAUAUGACUCAACGAUAACAGAAGAUGGGGAUGCUAAAAAUGGUUACCUAUUUUAUGAUUCUUUCGUUCAUCCUCAAUAUAAUUGUAUUGAAUUCUCAGCUAAUGUUCACCGUGGUCAGUUAUCAUUUAAUAUUAUAUUUAUGAUUUUUAUGGCUGAAUUAGGAACGAAUGAUGUUACUCUUUGGUCAGCCAACGAAACACAAGGAUGGACAACAGUCAGAUUACCGUUACCGUUUCCUGGUCAAACAAAAAUGCUCGCCUUUCGUUUCAUUGGUCAAGGUUAUGCUGCUCUCGAUGACAUUUCCUUGUUAACUGAAUGCCAACCGGUAGGCUAUUGUAACUUUGAGCGGGACACUUGUGGAUGGACAUCGGGCUCUGAUGAUUAUAAAACAUUUAGACGAGACCACGGGAGAUUAUAUGAUGAGUACAGUCCGUCUCAUGACAUGACCACGAAGAAAGAUUCUGGUUCCUAUGUUGUUGCUAAUUUUGAGAAGAUGAAAAAGCCGACCAGCGAAAAGUACAGUUUGAUCUCCCCCUUAAUCUCACCAAUGACCAAUUACUGUUUAUCCUUUUGGUACUACAAGAAUGGUAAAGAUUUACCGACGCUUCAUGUAAUCCUCAAUCAAUUUUAUUCAAAAAUGAUCUAUUUAAAAACAAUUGACUCUAAGACCAAGUUGGACUUUUGGGAUCGUCUAAGUAUCCAAAUCGACAAAUUAACAGGAAAUCCAUUCACAAUUGAAUUAAGAGCGAGUGUUAAACCGCGAACCUUACGACCCGCUCUAGUUGCUAUCGAUGAUAUUGAACUUUACCCUGGUCAAUGUGCGGACUCUAUCGAGGUGAUCGAUGAGACGGAAUAUUCCUGUGAUUCACAUGCCACAAAAGUAACGGGAAAUUUAUUGUGUGACUUUCACGCUGAUUGUAAAGAUGCUUGGGAUGAAUCUAAUUGCGGCUACAAUUGUGACUUCGAAACAGGACCUUGUGGGUGGAAAGGUGGAGUUAAUCCGAGUGACCAAUUGCGUAUUAUCGACCUCGAUAAGAGCGCCAUUACUCCUCAAUAUGAGAUCAAUUAUCACGAAACUGGAAAAGGGAAAUACUGGAAACUGAAUACAAAAACUUCGAAGACUUUGACCUAUUUAAGUCCAGUGAUGAGAAAUUCGGGUGAACAUUGUUACAUCGAUUUCUAUCUUUAUAUGACCAUUGCCGAUAACGAUGAACCAAAUUCUGAUCUCUCUGAAAUAUCUCAUCUUACGAUUAGUAUAGUUGAUUUAAGAUCAACCCAAGUGACACCGAUUCAUCAGAUAUCCGAUAAUUUGGGCAAAAAUUGGCACUUAAUUCGAUUGUACAUUGGUCGAAUUCCGAGCGAUUUCCGUCUAAGAUUUGAAGUUCUAAGUAAAAAAGCCAACGACCGUAUUGUUAUCGAUAAGAUCACUGCCGAUUCCGCUUGUUUCGCUCCUCGAACUGGUGAUGCCAAUUCAUGUCCAUCUGAUAAAUUUUUCUGCUCUCGAAGUAAAAGUUGUAUUGACCUUUCAAUGACCUGUGAUUAUUGUGAUGAUUGUGGCGAUGGAGAGGACGAAGAAGAUGAUCUGGCUCAAUGUAGCUUAAGGUCAGGUCGAUGUGACUUCAACCAGGGUAAUUUAUGUGAUUGGUCAACUCAAAUCAGUUCAAAUUCAAACCGAAAAGAAAAAUGGAGAUUAGUUGAUUACGAUGAUGACACUUACGAUGUUAGGUCAACAUCUCCAACCCGUGAUCAUACGUUUAAUACCGCUGAAGGUAAAUUCAUGAUCAGCACUGGAACUACUGGGUUACCGAAGUACUCAUUGACUAGUCCGUUACUUUAUCGGCCUGAUCCACAAUCAAUUUGCUCGUUCAACUUUUAUUAUCAAUUCACUGAUUCUCAGUCAGUAAUUAAAGCGGUCAAUUCAUCGGCUAUCGGUCAAUCAAAUCACAAUUACCUCGAGGUUUCAAUUGAUCUUCCACAUUUGAGCUCAACUUAUUCGUUGGAGACAAUUUUGGGCUCAUAUUUACUGGAAUCGCCUCAUUUCAAACGAGCGACAAUUAACAUUGGACCUGAAGUGGUCACUCACAAUAGAUUAUUUCAAUUAAGUUUAUCGGCUGUCCGAUCAUCAGAUUCAUCAGCCUCAUGGGCAGUUGAUGAUGUUUCUUUCAGUUCUGAUUGUAAAUUAGCUGAUUGUUACCUUCGGUGUAGUCGAGAUCAAUCGUGUAUAACUCUUGACCAUCGGUGUGAUUUCAUUUCCGAUUGUGACCCAACAGAUGAGCCAUCCAAUCUUGGCGAGGAUGAAGUUAAUUGCACCUCAGUUAAUUGUCCUUUCGGUCAAGAUGAUACUUGCCAUUGGGAGGUAAUUAAAUCAAAUGAUUCAGAAACAUUAACCUGGAAACUUUAUCAACCUCUAAGUGAUCCAGUUGAUCAACCACAAUUUAUACCCAAAUCAGAUGCAACUAAUCAUGAUGCUUCAGGUUGGCUCUUAAUUUUUGAUUCUCGUGAUUCACUAAUUGCUGGAUCGGCUCAACUUUGGUCGCAAAUGAUUGGACGGACCUCUGCUCAAUGUUCAUUGAGUUUUAAUUACUUUUGUCAACCUGACCAAUGUGACCUUACAAUUUACCUGGAGACGGACAUUGAUCGACCUGAGACUAAUUUAAAACGCAUUUGGGAACCUCAUCAAGUUAAUCAAGAUCUAACAAUUAAAUGGAGACCAGGAAUUGCCCAAAUUGGAGCAAUUAAAUAUGGUCGGAUAUUGAUUAGUGGUUCAAGUGAAUUCAACAAUGAUUCAUUUGCAAUCUCGUUGGAUGAUUUAACCUUCGUUAAUUGUGCACCACCUCAACCCUCCCCACCAGAGACACCCUGUGAUUCAACUAAAUCAUUUCAAUGUUCAAACGAUAAUUGUAUUGAUAAAUCAUUUGAGUGCGAUUUCGUUGACGAUUGUCUUGAUGGAUCAGAUGAAUUAUCUUGUGACAAUUUACCUGCUCGGUGUGACUUUGAAACUCCUUGUGUUUCAUGGAAACCUGAUCCCUAUCGAUAUGACAAAUUCGCAACUAUUUCAUGGGGACAAACAGCUGAUCUUCCCUCUUACGAUCACACCCUUGGUGUUGCUUCAGGUACUUAUUUGAGUCUUUCGGGUUCACAAAAAUCGGUCGAUGUUUGGGCUCGUCACUACUCCCCAGUUAUCAAUGGGUCAAGUGAUGAUUGUUCAUUAAACCUUUGGGUCAAUAUUAUUGAUACCUCAUUGUCCAGUGAACUUGUUAUCUAUCAAAGGUUCAAUUAUUCCACUUCCGGUUAUCAGGUAAUCGCCAGGGUUUCAUCUAGUCAUGUAGGUGAAUAUUGGAAAAAGUAUAACAUUAAACUACCUAAAACUGUUGAUGAAUAUGAAAUUGUCCUGGAAGGAUUCAUAUCGAAAGAUAUUGAUGCGUCGAUCAACAUUGAUGACCUCACAUUGACCAGAGGCUGUUAUCUUGCUGAAAAUGGUACAACCUUACCGGGUGUUGAUGAACCCACGACAUUACCUCCAACAACACCGGGAUCUUUGUUUGAUUGUUAUUAUGGUUACAAACCCUGUUCAUCGGUAGUUAAAUGUUACCCUUUUAAGGCUGAAUGUGAUUUCAAAGAUGAUUGUGGUGAUGGUACCGAUGAGGCCAAUUGUCCGUCGCGUUGUACCUUUGAAAAUGAUUUUUGUGGAUGGAAAAAUAGUAAGAGCGAUAAAUUUGGAUCGUGGAUCAUUAAAAGUGCCAGCAAAACAACUAAACCAAACAUAGAUCACACAGAAGGUGACGAAUCGGGAUACUAUGCAAUAGCGAAGUUUGAAACUGAAGAAACCGAUAUUUCAGUCUCUCUGACCUCACCUCUUUUCUCCUACUCCGGACCAAGGUGCACUUUCACCUUCUACUAUUACAUGACCCUCAAAACAAUCAGUGAUGCCGAUAAACACCCAAGGUUACAGGUUUAUCUUAAUCAGGGCAACACAAGUAAAUUGAUCCAAUCGCUUUGGGGUAAACAUACCGAUGCAUGGUAUAUGAGUUAUGUUAAUAUUGGGCAGCACGAUGGCCCUUUCAGUGUCACUAUUGAAGCAAUUAAAUUAGGUGAAUCAUCUGAUGUGGUUAAGGCGAUUGAUGAUAUUUCUUUUGAUGAAUGUCCGAGUUCAAAGAAAUCAAUAAUGGAAGAUUGUCCAGUUAAUCAAUGGGAAUGUCAAUCAGCUACGAAAUGUUUACCAGUUUAUCAUUUGUGUGAUGGUUUCAACGAUUGUAACGAUGGUCAAGACGAGGUACAUUGUUCAGUUGUCCCAGGUAAUUGUGAUUUCACUAGUUCGUGGAGAGGUCAAUGUUUAUGGACAGAGGUUGAAACUAUCGAAGGAGGCUGUUCGAUUAUCAAUCCCAGUUCGAAGGAUAAUUUCAUUGAAUUUAUCGCAGAUAAAAGUUUCGUUUGUGACUCGACUCUAGUCAGUCCCAAAUUUCCGCCAACGACUCAUGAUAGUUGUCACUUCUCGUUUCAAUAUAAAACUAAAACUAAUUCAGGUGAUACUUGGAUCAAGAUUGGUUUAAUUAGUGAAGGUAAACAUCUUGAAUUAAACAGGUUUAAAGGUAAUCGAGUAUCAAACGAUUGGACAAUUUAUCAUUUAGCAAUUAAUCAUUCAAAAUCUUAUCAAGUUUAUCUUAUUACUUCAAUUACGGAGAGUGAUUCAAGUAUUUACCUUAAAUCAAUACGAUUUUCACCAAAUUGUCCAACUGGAGGACCUUUAACUCUUGAACUUUAUCCUGGUAAAACUGAACCAUGGGAACCAUCAAGUGAAAAACCCUUUGUACCAACGACUGUCCCAACGGCUGUACCAACCACACACAAAGUGACCACUGCAGAACCGUUGACCAUUGCCCCUCCAGUUACCCGGCCAGUACCAACCGAACGGCCAAAAUCAACCACUAAGGCACCUGAACCGGUAACCAAAAGGCCCGAAGAUCAUUGUAACUGUAAUGAUAAUCUGAUUCCGGAAGAAUGUCGGGAGUUUUGUCACAAUAAAAAGAUCGCCCCAUUACCUCAAGGCCAUUCCAAAAAACACUCAAGCGCUUCGAUAUUUUAUAUUUCUCUUGGGAUCAUUGGCUCAAUUGCUAUAAUUGUAAUCACAAUUAACUUUUUAAUGCCAACAAUUAACCGCAUUCGUUAUCGUCGUACAUUAAGAGGAAUACUUGACGAUAGAUUCAAUGAUGAUGGUCAAUUCGAUAGCAUCGAUGGACGUAACUCAAUUAACGACCCAAACUUAUUUGGAUUAUCUGAAACACGAACAAGAUUCGGAAAUUUAAAUGACUCACUUUAAUUAAUCAUUCAAACUAAUUAACCUCUAUGCUGAUUAAGUCUUAUUUCAUUCUUGAUUAACAAUCAAAUCAAAACAAUGCGUUAAUUUUGAAUAAUACUUAUAAAAACAAUCAUGCAAAUGUAAUCACAAUUAAAUCUUUCUAUAGAAUAUUAAAUUUUAGGUUAUGUAA